GAUGACGUCUCAGAAGUCCACCAGAAGCAGAAGCUCAGCUUCUCGUUUGUCGGCCAAUAUGGCGCAAAGAUUCACCGAUAUGUUGACGGGAUAGGGGCGUCUUUCCUCCCUCAAGUCACCCAAAGUCAAGGAGCAAGUUCGGCUGCCGACGGAUGAGUGAGAGCCUCAUGAAAAGGUGCCAGAUCGAGCAGCGAAAGUGACUGAUCGCGCCUCGGUGAUGGCCCCCACAGCGAUGAAGCUGCGCGUUCGCCGCCGUCACACCAACAAUAGCGACCGCCCACCCGAGGAAGCGCUGAGGACUCGAGGAAGUCGCCGAAGGAAGAAAACUAGCCCCGAUACGCAGGCCGCCGCGUCGUCAGGUUUCACGACGUCCGCCCGAGCAGCUCUGAUGUCGGAAGAGACGUCACCCGAUUCCAAGUGUCCCAUCUGCUUGGACCGCUUCAACAACAUGGCGUAUUUGGACCGCUGCCUGCAUCGCUUCUGUUUCCCAUGCAUCCAGGAGUGGUCGCACAACAAAGCCGAGUGUCCGCUUUGCAAACAACCCUUCGCCUCCAUCUUGCACUCCGUGCGCGCCGAGGAUGACUUCAAGGAAUACAUGCUGCGUCCCGCCCCCAACGACAGCAGUGUGGCGGCCACUGUGGCCAUGGUAGCCGCCAUGGCGUCGGCGGCGAGGAGCGACCAGUUGAGGCUAAUGCUCAGGAGGCAUCGGGUGGACGAUGACACCGUACCAGCCACCAGAAGCCGCAGGAGGGAGCGAGAAGGAGCGGGAAGGAGCGAGGAUGAGCAAGGGGUUUGGGAGUGGUAUCUGGACGUCCCGCCGCUUCCUCUGGCCCCGCAUCACGGCGGCCCGAGCGCCGGGGCUGACCUGGCUGAUCGGGGCGUCAUAUUUGAAGGCUUAUCCGGCCUCGGUGAAGCCGCGGCGGGUCAAAUGUCGCGCCGCCUUCUCACCCAAUUGGCUGCCAGGCUCCGUCUUCAGCGAGAAGGCAUGGCGGCACGGCCUCUGAGGGAGGACGAGAUGAUGGCCUUUCGCCGCGCCCUAUAUCGUAGCGGCGUCCGUGUGCGCGGCGUGGCGGGUGCCGGUGCUACCCAGCCGCAGCGUGACAUUUCGGCGGAUGGCUUCCGCCAGGACCCGAGCCAGCCCACCCGACUGCGGCCUUGGCUGAGGCGCGAGCUGACGGUGCUGUUCGGCGCUCACGAGCUGGUGACGAGCAUUGUGCAGCGUGUCAUCACAGCGCGAAUGGCCCACCUCGGCUUAGAGGACGCGGCCGGCAUGGAGCAAGAGCUGCAGCCCUACUUUUUGGGGCAAACGGAGCACUUCGUCCACGAGCUGGUCUGCUUCGCCCGCUCGCCGCUCAGCCUGGACGAGUAUGACCUGCACGCCGCCUACCAUCCAACGCCUGCCGACGGCAGCGGCUCCGCUUCCAGCUCUGUCAUUGCCAUCUCCGAAGAAGAGGAGGAAGAGGGCCAGAGCCAGCGCACUGACCAGACGCCAGGCCCCUCGUACUCGUUGACGUCGCCGCUCUCCAGCCCCGCCACGCAGGAGGACGAGGGCGAGUGUAUGAUCGUGGGCUACAAAAAGCCCAUGGCCGAACGCACGCCGGAGCUCGUGCACUUGUCGUCCGACUCCGAGCGUUCGUCGCCCGUCGUCCCGCCCUCCACCUCGGCCGCCUGCCAAGAGAAAGAGCCCGCGGCGGGCUCAGUGAGUCCGGUCCGCAUGCUCACUUCGCCGCCGCCACCUGCUGCCAAAAAAAAGAAAAAGAAGAGGAGGAGCCAAGAGCGUAUGAGGAAAAGCGGCACUUUGGCCAAUCCAAACCGCUCCAUCUACCCGGCCAUGAUGCGCUCCCUUUCCUUCUCCAGCAUUGAUUCCGGAUCUCCGCUCGCCAUCAGCCCGUCACCCUUCAGCUGGGAAUACUCCCAAUUGUCAACAUCCUCAUUAUCCCUCUCAUCUUCUUCCGCCUCCCCCGCCUGCUCCUCAUCACCUGCGCCGUCGUCCCCUCUCUCACCGUCGCGCUCCUGCGGCGAGAAGCCCGGCGGGAAGAGGAAGUACAAGAGCCGGCACCUAGACGAGCACAACCCAUCCGGAAGUAGGCGGCGAGGGAGGGAGCGCAGCAAGAGAAAGAAUGACGCACGCAAGAUGGCCGGCGGCGGCGACAGCGGCAGCACGAGAGAGCUCGAACGGGAGCGUAGUCCCAGCGUGGAGAUCGUGUACGAGGGCACCGUCCCACCCAAGCGCCAUCGGAAGAUGCAGCAAAACAGCAGGGCACCGCCCAUCAUCACGCUGGACAGCAGCGACAGCGACAAUUCUUCAGAUCUACCCGCUGUCCUGUCUCUGAGCUCAGAUGCCACCGGUGUGGUGUGCGGGCCGGCGGACGUCAUGGACGUUGAGCUUUUAAAUGAGCCGCCGGCGGCUGUUUGCCAGGUGAGAUGCCACCCACUGACACCUGCACCCCUACUCAAACUUCAGAAUGAAGGCACCAAGGAGGAUGAGGAGGAAGUUGCCAACUUUUCCCCACCCUCCUCUUCCCUUGCCUUCCUCUCUCACACCACUGACCUCUUCCAAAUCGACGCGGCCGCCGGAGGCGAGCUCAGUGCCCCGCCCUCCCCUUCUGUCAUGUCACGUCCCCUCUGAUGUCACCGCUGGCGUUCUCCAAUCGCGUGAGCCCAACCGUUCUUUUAUUCCGCCUCUCGAUAUUCAACCCAGUUUCCAUGGCAACGCAUCCCGGACUCUAGUCAGAUGCCGUUGUGUUCAUUCAUGGCCACUGGAUGGCGUACCUACCGAGGCUUUAAAAUAAUGUCGAGCCUUAUUUCUAAGUGCUUUUAAUGUGAAAUUGAGUUAGCAGUGUGGGUGUUGAUGACGUCACUCACACACGCACUCACUUGAUGACAAUAAAACAUUUUCAGGGGAUU